UUUACAUCACGUGGACACCGCUCACGAUCAGCUGACUGUUAUGUUAUAAAACACCAAAAAACACUAAAGUAUGGUUAUGACUACUUUCCUUUUUGAUUAUCUCUAGUAUUUAUCGUGAAUUUUUACUUUAGCGAUCUCAAUAUGCUGAUACUUUUCAUUUUGCCGACCCUUCUACUGUUUCUGGCUUGGAAAAAAUUCAAACAACCCAAACCAGCUAAGUCAAUAGCGGGAAGGCAUAUUGUUGUCACUGGUGGCUCUAGUGGAAUUGGCAAGUCAGUUGCAGUUAUAGCUGCUCAACGAGGUGCCCAUGUAACAAUAAUCGCAAGAAACGUUGAUAAGUUAGAAGAAGCCCUAAUUGAAAUAAAAAAAUACUGUGUCAAUGAAGAACAAAUGAUCACCAAGGUCUCAGUUGAUGUGGCAAAUUUUGAAGACAUUGAGAACAACUUAUGUGAAAUAGAAGAAAUAGUGGGUCCCAUUUACAUGUUGGUGAACUGUGCAGGCAUGGCUAUUUGUGGAAGAGUUGAGGACUUCACUAAGCAACAAGUCAAACAACUUGUUGAUGUUAACUUCUUAGGCAGCUUCUAUCCAGUUAAAGCUAUUGUGUCCAAGUUCAAGCAAAGAAAGGAAGGAAUAAUUGUACUGACAGCAUCCCAGGUAGCCUUAACAGGGAUGUAUGGAUAUUCAGUUUACUCUGCUUGCAAAUUUGCCUUGAGGGGAUUUGCUGAAUCUCUUCACAUGGAAGUCAAGAAUUAUAAUAUUUCAGUAACUCUGGCCUUACCACCUGACACAGACACACCUGGCUUUGAAAUUGAGAACAAGACAAAACCUGUGGAAACUAAACUUAUAUCUGAAACAGGGGGUCUUGUCAAACCAGAAGAGGUUGCCAAGACCCUCUUAGAUGAUGCACUGAGUGGAAAAUUCUUCAGCUAUGUUGGCUUUGAGUCCUACAUAUUAACAACCCUUUGUGUUGGAAUGAGUCCAUUUGCUUCCUUUCUAGAAGUUAUUACUCAAGCUGUAUUAUUAGGUCCAUUGAGAUUGGUGUCUGCUUUCUAUAUAAUGUCAUUCCAAAACAUUGUGAAAAAAUGUCACCUGGAAAGAGAGAACAAAAAAGAAGACUGAAAGCUUUCAAGAGGGCCAUUCAUAGUAUUCUAGGGAGACUUUUCUAAAAUUGUGUACACAUUCCUUUUGUUGUGGUACUCAAUGAUAUUCUUUGAGUUUCUACUCAAUUUUAUCUCCCUCAAGUCACCAGUAGUAUUUGCCCCCUCAGUUAUUUCUCUUAAGUCAAUGAAAGUCAUGGGAAAUGGCCUUCUCCAUCAAACUGUAUAGUUACCUCUUUUUAAGAAUUUCAAUAUCUGACUCAAUACUAAAUUAUCAGUUAAUAUUUUCUGAAUGGUGCUUUGAAUUUCAACAGUGUAUGAUUGGGUUAGUAUGCACAUAACUCUUUGGUAUGCAUAUUGUGAUGAAAUGCCUAUACUGACUUAUAGGCAGUAAUGCUUUGCUGUAAAAAUUAACAUAUGUGUUUGUCAAAAAGUGUAUCAGGAUAAAAAAGAAAAAAUAGGUUCAUGAAAAUAUAUAAUUCUAUAAGAGUCUCUCUCAUGUCAUAAGAACUGAGAAGUUAUAUGAAUCAUGAAUCAUUAUGAAUGUGCAAAUAUUUCUUUAAAGUAAAUAUAAGAAAUUUAAAAAUCAAGAAAAUGAGUAAAUCCGGAAGAAAAUGUCAUAAAUAGCAAUAAUAAUAAGUGAAUGAAGAAGACCUUCAAAAAGACUGAGUUUCUCUUUGUGAAAUAACUUUAUUAAUAUUCCUUUUAUGUUAUUUAUGGUGGAUUUAUACAGCAUAAAUCAAAAAUUGCUUAAACAUUACGAUUUGGAAACAAUGUCUGAAAUUUUUUGGUUAAUUUUUAUUUGAAUCUUUUUAAAAAAAUACAUAUUUGAAUUAUU